AUGGGGGAGGAGUUGGUGCUGCUGGCGGACGACAUCAUGGAGGCUGUGGUGGAGGUGGUGGCGGAGGAGGAGGAGCAGGAGGAGCAUGAGUUGCAGGAGGAGGAGAAGGAGGAAGUGCAGGCCAAGGAGCGGGAAGAGAAGCCCAGGAAGCAGGGGCACGCAGAGCCAGGGCGAAGACCCCCGACCUCCUUGAGCCCGCUGGAGGCCCUGGGGGCCCUUCAGUUAGAGCUGAGCACUGUGAACGCCCAAGCCAGCAGGGCCUACUUGCGGCUUAAGUGCAGGAUCCGUAGGAGGCGGAACCCUCAUUUGGAUCGAAAUAGAGCCAUCAUCCAGGACAUCCCUGGCUUCUGGGCCAAAGCUAUUGUGAGUCACCCCCAGCUGUCGGCCUUGAUCAGUGACCAAGACGAAGACAUGCUGAGCUACAUGAUCACCUUGGAGGCGCAGGAACUGGGCCACCCCGAGUACCGCUGCAGGUUGAUAUUCUUCUUCCGGAGCAACCCCUACUUGUGCAACCAAGUGAUCCUUAAGGAGUAUCACCUUAGCUUUGCAGGCUACAGGGCGUAUAGUUCCACUCCAGUGCAGUGGUUCUGGGAUUACGAACGGGGAGCCCCCAGCCACAGGCAGGACGCUGUCAGCCUUAACUUCCUCAACUGGUUGUCAGGCCACGACUGCCCCGGGUCUGACAGGAUUGCUGAGAUCAUCGUCGAGGACCUGUGGCCCAACCCCCUGCGCUACUACCCGAGGGAGCAAGGCGCCGGGAGAGGUAACUGGGAGGGGGGCACGUCCCUGAGGAGCCCCGGGGCAGGGGGUGUUGGCGAAGGGUGUUUCCAGGACCCUUUCCCAAUCGGGGUGAGGCAGGCUGAGACAAGCCUGGGAGCGGGGUAA